UUAUUGCUCUUGUUGUUCAAUAUUAGUAAUAUCUCAGGGCUGGGACAGUUAUAGUGUUUCAAAACGAAAAAAAAACUGGAAAAACACAUACGAAUAUACUGAUAUCUUCUAUAGACACAUACUAUAGUUUCAGCACUUUAGAUAUUUAGUCCCCUCCCCAUCUCAAAAUCACACAGAGAAAGUAGCUUAAAUUUUUCCCCAAAUCAGUCGGACGCUGCCAUCACCAGCUCAUUACUCAAGUGUCCGUCUAAGUGGUUAGUAGUUAACGAGUGGUAGCUAAUUGAUGGUGUAGUGCAUAAUUGUUGGAUCAUGUUCUACACUAUUGCUCCAAGUUGCUGGACGAAAGUCAUGCUCAAGUCGCUUAUUCUGACGAGUUUGUUACUCGGAGUGAAUUCAUUAACAAAGGCGACAAUAAGUAGUAAUACACCUGAAAAUGGACACCAUCUGGGCUUGUCCCCCUCCGUUUUUGAGUUAUAUCACGCGGAGAAGGAUUUUAUCGAUCCAUCUAAGCAUCCCUGUCGUCGUCGUUGCAAGGAUUAUUCCAUCCCGAUGGAGUGUCACUACUCUUUCACAGUGGAGUCCUACACAACCAUGAGCAAAGCAUGUUACGACUGUCCUCUCAAUGUGACUCAGUGCUUUCUUCCGGAGUGCAUUCCAGCUGAUGGUUUCAAAAGAUCGAUACAAAUCAUUAAUCGUCAAUUACCGGGUCCUACUAUCGAGAUUUGCCAAGGAGAUCGACUCAUCGUUGAUGUAACGAAUCGUCUGCUCACUGAGAGUACAUCGUUGCAUUGGCACGGUCAGCAUCAUCGCGCUUCUCCUUACAUGGACGGUGUUCCGUACGUUACACAGUGUCCAAUACUUCCUGGUUCAACAUUUCGGUAUCAUUACACCGCAGCUACGGCAGGGACUCAUUUUUGGCAUUCUCACAUAGGCUACCAAAGAGGUGACGGAGUAUCUGGUGCCCUAAUUGUUCGUCCUCAAGAGAGCAAAGAUCGCCAUAAAAAAUUGUAUGACGUUGAUGAGCAUAUAAUUACAAUUUUCGACUGGGACCAUCGAAGUUGUUACGAUAAAUUUCUCACGCCCCAUCACUCAUCUCUGGAUAAUAAACCCCAAAAUUUUCUCAUCAAUGGAUUGGGGCCAUACCAACUGAAUAAUACCAAUGACAGCAUUCCCGAAAACAUGCCUUACGCUCAAUUUAUUGUAAAUCAGGGCUCAAGACAUCGUUUUCGUCUUAUAAAUGCUGGCUUUCUCAGUUGUCCAAUCGAAAUAUCUGUCGAUAAUCACACGAUACUUAUAGUAAGCACCGAUGGAAAUGACAUAACACCCGUGAAAGUUAGUUCACUUGUAACGUACGCAGGCGAAAGAUUCGAUUUCAUAAUCGAAAUGAAUCAACAGGUGAACAAUUAUUGGAUACGUUUGCGCGGUCUGCUGGACUGCGAUACAGAAUUAUUAAAUGUUAAUCAGAAAGCGAUCCUGAGUUACAAAGGAAUACCUGAAGACGAGGCAGAUAAUAAUAAAUACUGGUUCAAUUUAAACACCGAUAUCAAUGUUGACGAUCAACCUGCUAUGGUUGCGAACGCGGUAAAUAAAGGAAUGGAAUCAAAUGACAUAAUAAGCAUUCCCUUGUUAAAAACCACUGAACCAGAUGAUGUUAGUAAUCUUUUAGAACCAGACUAUCAAUUCUUCUUGGCAUUUGAUUUUUAUGACAAAGAAAAUCCUAUCUUCAAUGUUAAAAAUCACAAACUCCGACUACUGACCCCUCAACUAAACCACAUCUCAAUGAAAUUCACCAAUUUCCCGUUGUUAGCCCAACGUGACGCAAUAACCCCUGACCAAUUCUGCAAUUCAUCAACGGUAGGAGAUUGCCGGUAUAAGUACUGUGCAUGCACCCACGUCCUUCAAGUGGAUCUGGGAAGCGUUGUUGAACUGGUGCUGGUGGAUGAAGGUGUCAGACUAAAUGUAAAUCAUCCAUUUCACUUGCAUGGUAGUGCUUUCCGAGUUAUAGCGAUGGGCCAAAUUGGAGAGAACGUAACUGUGGAUGAAGUCAAAAAAUUGGAUGCAGCUGGUCAAAUUAAGAGACAAUUGAAGAAUGCUCCAUUGAAGGACACAGUUAUUGUUCCUCACGGCGGUUAUACCAUCAUUCGUUUCUAUGCUGAUAAUCCAGGCUAUUGGCUAUUCCAUUGUCAUAUCGAAUUCCACAUGGAAAUGGGUAUGGCUCUGAUAUUUAAAAUAGGUGAGCACAGUGAAAUGCGGCCAGUACCGGAGAAUUUUCCUACCUGUGGCGAUUGGAAACCAACGAAUCCACCCGAGAUUGUUCCGAAAGUGGCGAGCUUUAUCUCAAGAAAACCUCAACAACAAUCCUACAAAGCACAAACAAAGGAGUCAACAAAGCAAAGGAAAUAUCCAAUCGAAAUAUGGGACCUCUACCCUUGAUGCUCUACGUAUUGUCAGAGCGGAUUUUAGUUGGGAGUAUUACAUCCUGCCCACUCGUCGAAAUCAAAAAAUGAGUCAAUUCAAAGUAAUUAAAAAUGUUGAUAUUACAGCAAAAUAUUAUCUGUUAAGCGAUAAAUUCAAUAAAAUAUCGGGAUUAAAUAAUUCUUAUGACAAACGAUAUAAGUAAUGAGUCUAUAAAUCCUAUGCAAUAUGCAAUGCGUCGUUAAUAACACAACAAAAAUGUAUAUAUUAUUAAAUAGCAAAAUAUCAUACAACUCAUGAAAA